AUUUUUCAAACCUGUCUCCUCUCCCCGAUUCCCAAUUUAUCAUUAUUCAGUCCUCGCCGCCGGCCCCGGUCUCUUCCCUGUACUCCGGCCAUCCAUUGCCAGUAGAGACGAAGACCGACAGUCUACAGGCGCCAGUCCGCCGACGACGAUCGACCAACGAACACUCGCCCAGCCUCCAUAUAAAGAAAAUGCCUCUAGGAUUGAUUAUUCAGAGUAUUGGAAGGGCUUAUAGAAGAAAGAGGACAUCUUCUCUUAGCAUUCUCACAUCAAAGUCUGGUCCGCGUAAUUAUUACAAGGGGAAGAACUGCAAGCCAACUGGUUUCCAUACACGCAAAGGAGGGUAUGUAGUUCAGGAAGAAAAGCUGCCUAAUUAUGUUGUCCCUGAUUUAACUGGUUUUAAGCUAAAGCCUUAUGUAUCUCAAGUGGCAAGAGAUGUUGCAUCUACCAAUUAAAGCAGCCUGAUGAAGCCAAUGAAGGAUGUUGCAUCUGGCAAAUGAGAUUACAAAGUAGUUGUAUUCUCAUAAAACUUAUUUGAAUGUUUGGAUCUUGUCUAAUUUUUAAUUAAAGAUGGUUGGUUGUAUGCUUUUCAA